GGAGCCACUCUGCUUCCAGGCAUCGGGCUGGUUUCUCUCUGCUCCUGAAUAUCGCAGAUGAACAGUCUGAAGGACGCCAACAGACCUUUUCUGUCUGUUCACCUUCAGGAACAAAGAAACUGUGUGUUUUUUUUGUGUGUGUCACCGUUUACUUCACAGUUUCCCACCCGGUGGUUUUGGAUUACGGAGAAUAGGAAGCAGCGUGGGCGCGUAACUCCCGAAAUCAUGGAAUUAUGGAUAAAGUUAAUGUUGUUGUGCAGCUGCUGCUUUGGAGCAAGUGCAGACUUCGAUGGCAGGUGGCCACGGCAGAUGGCAUCAUCCAAUGGCCUGUGCCGAUAUGGGGCCCGGGUGGACUGCUGCUGGGGAUGGACUCGUCGCUCCUGGGGUCACUGCCAGCCUCUCUUCGCCUUAACUCACAGAGUAGUCGGGAUAAGGUGCCUGCCCCAAGCUGUGUGCCAGCCUGGCUGUAAGCACGGAGACUGCGUGGGACCCAAUAAGUGCAAGUGCCACCCUGGUUUCACUGGGAAAACCUGCAAUCAAGACCUGAAUGAGUGCGGGCUGAAGCCGAGGCCCUGCAAACACAGGUGCAUGAAUACAUAUGGGAGUUACAAGUGUUACUGCCUAAAUGGCUACAUGCUGAUGCCUGACGGGACCUGUGGAAACGCUCGCACUUGCGGUAUGGCCAACUGCCAGUAUGGCUGCGAGGUGCUGAAAGGAGAGGUCCGAUGUCAGUGUCCAUCGCCGGGGCUACAGCUGGCUCCUGAUGGGAGAACCUGUGUGGAUGUGGAUGAGUGUGCCGCAGGGAUAGCAGUGUGUCCCAGGUUCAGGAAAUGCAUCAACACCUUUGGCAGCUACAUCUGCAAAUGCCACGAAGGGUUUGACUUGCAAUACAUCAACGGAAAAUACCAGUGCAUAGAUGUGGAUGAGUGCUCUCUAGGUCAGAGCCACUGCAGCAGCUUUGCCACCUGCUACAACACGCCAGGCUCAUACAAGUAAUGCAAAGAUGGCUACAGGGGGAUGGGCCACGACUGUAAACCCAUUCCUAAAGUGGUUAUUGACCCCCCGAGACCAGGCAAAGUGCCUCCAAAUCAUCAAAACCACAUCCCAGGGCUGGAUCAGAGGAGGACCACCACCACUCGCCCAACAGUGACUCCAAAGAUAAUCUUCCCAAAACUGCCACCAACCUCCGCAACUACAACCAAGGCACCCUGGCCGAGGGUGACCCCACCGCAACGCAAGCCGCCGGUUCCCACACGAAAGCCCUUCAUACCCACCAGAAAGCCACUGGUACCCACUCGCAAACCCUACGUCCCAAGGCCAGCAACUCCCACCAGACCGCCACUGCCACUGCCACCGGUCCCAACUGUGGAUAAUUCCAUUCAGAAGGAGGUCACCAAACAGAGGGGGGAUGUCCACAUCCCUCGAAACCCCAGCGGCAACACAGUCCUCGACAUCGACUUUGACAUUGAGCUCGGCAACACAGCAGAAGCCAAGGAUGACCCAGAGUCGGGGUAUCUGAGCUGCUCCUUUGAUGAUGGUCUUUGUGGUUGGAUCAGGGACAAAGACGGGGACCUGCACUGGGAGACGACGCCUGAUCCGUCAGGUGGACGGUACCUAACGAUACCCGAUGUAGGAAACAAGAGGACCGGACGAGGAGCACGGCUGGUCCUCCCGCUCACCCCUCCCUGGAAUGACGGCAACCUGUGCUUGUCGUUCCGGCACAAGCUGGCAGGUCACCAUGUAGGAAUGCUUCAAGUGUUUGUGAAGAAAGGAAAGCAGUACAGUCCAGCGGUGUGGGGUCGAACGGGUGGAAAUGGCUGGAGACACACCCAGAUCACAUUAUGGGGCACAGGCCUGGAAAGUGUGAUCCUGAAGGGGGAGCGUGGGCGAGGCAGGAGCGGAGAGAUGGCUGUGGACGACAUAACCUUGAGGAAAGGCUCCUGCACAGAGGAGCACAAUCUGAGGAGACUUUGACUGACAGAACAGAGCAAGGCAGAAAGAAAACAAGAGGGAAACUCAUCUCAAAGAGAACUGACUCUGUUGUGACACCCCCCACCCCUCCCCUCCUCCCCUCCUCUCUGCCUGGGCACUCAUUGAUCAAAUCCCCAAAUCCCAAAAAUUGUGCGUCUGCAGAACAGUGGGUUUCACUACUCAACUGUCCGUUAAUAAAAGGACCGAAUCUGUUCUCGUGGGUGGAUCCCAGCAGCACACCCCAGUCCUCUCAGCUUCCAUCUCACUCCAUCACCUUGUUACUCUAAGAUGUGCAUGUACCUACUCACCACGGAAAUGUCCUCCACUUAAGACGGCACUGGCAGCCUUCCAGCCACAGCGUUGAGAGGCCCGCAUUCACUUCAUUUCUUCCUGGAGAGGAUUGUUCCUUUAUUUAGGGAGCCCGCUUUUGCAUUGCUUUGAUCCUUUAACCAUAAGCUAUUGCUUUUUUUAGUUGCUUAAUGGUGAAACGUGGCCAGGGGUGCAUUUUGUGACUGUUUUGAUCAGCAAAAAAAAAAAAAAGAAGUGGUAUGCAUUUCUUUUGGUUAGAGAUAAAAAUAUACAUAAAAUACAAAUUGUAUUUGUCAAAAUCGGAUCGGUUCUAAUGCAGAUUUCUUUAAAUCUGAUGUAGACCCACAGUAUCCCCUGAUAUUGCUGGUCAAAUGUGAGUUGUUUUUUUUUUUAUUACUGGCUACUGUUCUAUAGCACAGCUUUGUCUGAAAUGUCACGGUAUUUCUUUUUGUUGCCACAGCACUUCAAAGACCAGUUUGGAUAUUUAGCAUCUUUUCUAUCCUUUUAUCACUGAGUAAGGUUGGUUAAACUCUACGAUCAUGUUCUUCAGAUACUUGAAACGUGUAAAACAGAAUCAUUGUAUGAUUUUCGAGUCAAAUCAAAAGUUACCUUCUCUUAUACACUUUGUGCUUUGUUAUAUUAAGUGCAGUUUGUUAUAAAGACAAUGACGCCAACACCUUUUUAGGUUUUCACAAAUUGUAUUAUUGUAAAUGUAGUUGUGUGUACAUACUCUAUACAAUCCCAUUUGUUGUGUGGUUUAUAUGUUAUGUAAAUUCAUACAUGAAUAUUGAUUGGAUUUCAGCUGGUUGAUAUUUCAACUUUUAAUGAAAGAAUAUGUACACAGAUGAAACCCUUGUGUGGUGCAAGGCUGUUGUUUAAAGUGCGCAAAAUGUGUGUCUUCGUAUGGUAUAAAGCUCUGUUUGUAACUUGCCAAGCACAUAGUUGCAUAUUGUAUGCUGUGAUGAUGAAGGGCAUUGUAAAGGUUUUCUGUAUGCAUAGUUGCAACCACCAAAUUCAGAAUUAUCCAA